GUCCGUCGUGCUUGCGCGCUCUGUUGUGUUUUGUGGUUUGUUUUCUAGAGGUAGGACGAUGGUAGCGUGCAAGUUAGUUGAACAAAAUCUACGUGUGCAAGUAUACCUCCGAUCCUUUUCCUCGUAGAUAUAAUGCUAGUUGCUCGAGAUGACCUGCUCGUCGUCCUGGUGCCCAAUCUUCGUAUCCAGUGUAGACUCUGAUUUCGUGGGUCGUCGGUCAGCUUUACUCGUGAACUCGGAGACUAACAAUGUGCUCCUCGGAGCUUGUUUUUCGGUAUUAACUCGAUCAACCCCCGGUCUUUUAAGGGUUUAGAGUUUAGUGUGGUUCCUCGAACUGGUUCGGAGAGACUGUGCAAGAGAACUGUGGGCUGAGGCAGUGGGUUCUGCAAUCAUAAUGUGGGCUGAAAUAAGGUUGGAGAGGAUUUGGUAAGAAGGAAGCUGCUUUGCAUUUUGCUUGUGUCAAGUCAACUGUCAACCCCACUCCACCUCUCAACAAAAUCCGCCAUUUCCAAUUUCCUCCUCCACCUUCAUAAAUCGAAUCCGAGAUUCUCCCGCCGCCGGCAUGGCGCUCAGCCUGAUCCUAAUAGUCGUCUCCCUUUUCGCCUCCCUUCCAUUACUCUACUCCCUACUCUACCGCCUCCGAUUCAAGCUCCCCCCGGGCCCCCGCCCGCUCCCCGUCGUCGGCAACCUCUACGACAUCAAGCCGGUCCGGUUCCGCUGCUUCGCCGACUGGGCGGACCAGUACGGCCCCAUCAUCUCCGUCUGGUUCGGCUCCACCCUCAACGUCGUCGUCUCCAGCACCGCGCUCGUCAAAGAGGUCCUGAAGGAGCACGACCAGCAGCUCGCGGACCGGCACCGGAGCAGGUCGGCGGCCAAGUUCAGCCGAGACGGCCAGGAUCUGAUCUGGGCCGACUACGGCCCACACUACGUGAAGGUGAGGAAGGUGUGUACCCUGGAGCUUUUCACUCCCAAGAGAUUGGAAGGGCUGAGGCCGAUUAGGGAGGAUGAGGUCACCGCCAUGGUCGAGUCCGUUUAUCGCGACUGCUCCGAUUCCGAGAAGAGCUUGCAAGUGAAGAAGUACUUGGGCGCGGUGGCGUUCAACAACAUAACCCGGCUGGCGUUCGGGAAGAGGUUCGUGAACUCGGAGGGAGUGAUGGACGAGCAAGGGCUCGAGUUCAAGGCGAUCGUGUCGAACGGGCUCAAGCUGGGAGCGUCCCUUUCGAUGGCGGAGCACAUCGAGUGGCUGCGAUGGAUGUUCCCCCUGGAGGAAGGCGCGUUCGCGCAGCACGGUGCACGUAGGGAUGGACUAACUCGGGCGAUCAUGGAGGAGCACACCGAGGCUCGCAAGAAGAGUGGGGAUACGAAGCAGCAUUUCGUCGAUGCGUUGCUCACGUUGAAGGAGAAGUACGAUCUCAGCGAGGACACCAUCAUCGGACUUCUCUGGGACAUGAUCACGGCAGGAAUGGACACGACAGCGAUCUCGUCGGAGUGGGCGAUGGCAGAGAUCAUCAAGCACCCGAGGGUCCAGCAGAAGCUCCACGACGAGAUGGACCGUGUCAUCGGGUUCGAACGGAUCAUGACCGAGUCCGACUUCUCGAGCCUACAAUACCUCCAGUGCGUCGUCAAGGAGUCACUCAGGCUGCACCCUCCGACCCCUCUAAUGCUCCCCCACCGGUCCAACGCCAACGUCAAGAUCGGCGGCUACGAUGUCCCUAAGGGAUCGAACGUCCACGUCAACGUGUGGGCAGUGGCGCGUGAUCCGGCGGUGUGGAAGGACCCGUUGGAGUUCAGGCCGGAGAGGUUCAUGGAAGAGGACGUUGACAUGAAGGGGCACGAUUUCCGGCUGCUGCCGUUUGGCGCGGGGAGGCGGGUUUGCCCCGGGGCGCAGCUGGGGAUCAACUUGGUGACUUCGAUGUUGGGUCAUUUGUUGCACCAUUUCCAGUGGAGUCCGCCGGAAGGGGUUAAGCCGGAGGAAAUCGACAUGUCGGAGAAUCCCGGGUUGGUGACUUACAUGCGGACGCCGGUGAUGGCGACGGCUACUCCGCGGCUGCCUUCUCACUUGUACAAGCGUGUGGCUGCGGAGAUGUAAAGAAAAGCCGGUUAGGAAUGUUUGUUGUACUUGUAUUGUACUCUGACUGAAAGGCGAGGAUCCAAAAACUUUGAAUAUGGUUUUUUCUUCUGUACUUGUUUGUAUCAUUUACAAACUUCUGGCAUAAAUUUGAAGGACCCAAUUUUAGUUUUGGGGUUUUUUUUUUUGGGAUAUUUGAUAUGAGAAGAUUAAUUCUUAGUAUGGUUGAAUGUGUUGUAUGUGGAAGGAUGAAAACGAAUUAUGAACUUCCGGUGGAUGACACAAUUCUUUCACUCUCUUUUCCCCAACUUCCACUUCCAUUUUGAAAAUGUUAGUUGGGUGUUUUUGAACUUGGGUUCAAUAGUAAAUGCAUACCUAACCUACUAACCUAAUCACAACUCACUUUUUAUUUAAUUAUUGAUGAAUAAUUUCGAUUGCUUUUUUUUUACAUGCUACUAAAGAUGACGGCCGAAAUGUAGAGUUUAUUCUGAAAUUGGAACAUGAAAUCUAAUAACCAGUUGUGUAAAACCACUAGAUCAAGUCUUAUUUUGCAAUAGUUACGACUUACAAACCAACUCAAAUGCUUAGCUUUACUAACUCAUCUUCACUCAAGAUGGGGAGAAAGUAGAAAUUCAUUUGAGAUGAAAACUUUGGCGCUAUUUGGGCCUGAGUUCCUGUGCUUAAGCCCAAAAGGUUAAGGAGAUUCUUAAACUUCUCCUAUUGGAUGAUAGGAUUUUAAGUAAUUAAUAAUUAGUUUAUGGUUAAUAGUAGUUAUUUGUAAGUUAAGGGCAAUUAGGAGAUUUUAAUCAUUUAAAAACUUAACCUAAAUUAGAGGUUUUAGGUUUAUUUUCUGCCUGUUCGUUUCUCCCUCCCUCAAACUCUCUCUUCUUUCCGACGGAUUAUAUUCUCCCUCCCUCCUUCAAGCUUCCGACGGCUGCUGGCCGGUCCGUUCGUUUCCAGCCACAUCUAUAGCCUACUCUUCACUGUCGACGAGUACAUGAUCGUCUCGCGGUUGUGGUUGCUGCCAGGACACUGCUCUCCAUGUUGGUAAAACUACCAUCGACGUCCACUAGCUACCGCCGGCAACCAACCCCCGAUUUCUUUGCGUCGUUGUCGUUCAGUUUGGCGAUGAACUCGUCGUCCUUAGUAUCGUCGAUUUCUAUUGUCUUAGCAUAUACGUUGCUUUUGGUCGUCGUCCGUCCAUCUAGCGUCUACGAUCAGUCUCGGCUUUCUUUGUGUUGUCGUUAUCCAGUUUGGCGGUGAACUCGUAGUGCGUCACUGAUUUUCUUUGUGGUGUCCAUCGAUUGCUUUUGUAUUAUUCAUGCUUUGCGUGUUUAGGGUUUCAAAUUUCGGAUUUGCAUAGCAUGAUUGGUAACUUGCUUUCGUUGAAUUAUUAAUAAAUCGUUUGAUGGUUGUUAAUUUUAUUGCAUGCUUUAUUCGUUGCAUAAUUAGAGAUUCAAAAUCCGUAUCUGACAAUAUUAGUAACGCUCUUUCGUUGAACUAUCAAUAAAUCUUAGGGUAGUUUUUAAUUUUUAUGGCUUUAUACAUCAUCAUCUAAUUUUGUUCUUCGAAUUAGUAAUAAAACCUAUGGUUAUUAUUACCGAGGUAUGCUAUCGUUAUCAACAGUUUUGCAAUACAAGUUGUUUUUAAUGACACCAUUAAAAUUUUAAGUGGAUUGUGUUAACAAAAAAAAACAUCUCAGUUUUAACGAUUUUUAAUGUCAUUAUAAAUAUUUGACACAUAAUGUAUUAGUAAUAUCUAGAAAGUAUAAUGAUGUUUAAUUGCGAUCAUUAUCGAAGUUAUUGGUUGCUGUAUCAACAAAAUACAUGAUAGUUAUUCAUGACAUCAUCAUUAUCAAGGUUUCCGAAGGGAGUUAUCAAUAAAUUGGUGUUACAUUAUUAACAAUUAGUUCUAAUCAUUAUCAAUGAUUUUACUUUCAUGUGCGUCGGAGAUGGAGACGCAAUAUGGUUGACGACCAUUAGAUUUGAUCAUUAUCAAUGAUUUUUUGUUGCAUUUUAAGUGAAACACAAGUUAUAAAUAAUUUGUAUAUCGUUAUCUACAUUUUGAGAAGAUAGUUAUUCAUAACAUGUACCAGUACCAUGGGUAGUACCCAUUCUCACUCUUUGUCUUAGCUCUCCCCUUGUACCUCUGUUCUCGGCUUUUGCCUCCCUUUUUGCAAAAAAAAAAAAAAUCAAUAAUUUUACUUGUACUUUUAAUGCCAACAGUUUAAAUAUGAAUAAUAAAUAGUGUCAUUACAACGUUUCAAUGCAAACUCAUAUAAUAUUAAAGUAUUGAUAAAUAUGAUGAAAUCGUUAAUAAUAACAAGAUAUAUUUUAACAAUUUACGUCACAAUAUAAACUUUCAAAAUGUCGAAUACUUAUUAAUGUUUCCAUAUAGCAUGUUUUCUCCCAUUCAUUAACAAUAUCUCAUCCAUUAUCAACUUUUUUAAACGUACAUCUUAAUUCCAGGCCUCAACUACUAUCAAUAAUAGCAAGAAUCAUUAUUAGCUUUUCACAUCUUCAAGUCAAGUUUAUUAACGUAUUGAGAAAGCAUAUUAUCGAUUUUGUUACCGUUAUCUACGCUUAUGAAAAAAUUAUCAAUGUUAUGCACCAUCAUUAUUCACGUUUUGAACGUUAUUAUCAAUUUUUAAUUGAAGUUUUUAAGGCUUGGAAUAGGAUUGUCAAUGAAUUACCAUAUCACAACGUCAAUGAAUAAUUAUAUUAUCAAAUUAUUAUAUUUUACAUUUACUAUUAACGUCAUCCCAAGGUAUUAUCAAUGUUUUUGAAUUAAGUUUUAUCCAUUUAUUAUAUCAUUAUCAACGCUGAGGCAUUAUAUUAUUAAUGAUAUCAUUAUUAUUGUUUUCAAAUAACAUUCAAUGUUUUAUGAUAUCAUUAUUAAUGAUUUUCCAUCAUUUUUUAAUGAUUAUUAACCUCGCAGGAAGCUUCCUCGUCGACGGUGAAGCGCAAACUCAGUCGACGAGAUUGAAGCGUGAGUGAGAUGACUUUCCAUGGCGAUGGAGAGUGCGGUGGUAGCCUGACAGGGGCAAAAUUAAGCGAGACGACGUCAAAUUGGCGGAAAAGAUGAAAAAAACUAGUGGUUGGCUUGGGUUCGGGAUUGCGACUGAGUUGGAUUGGGAUGGCGGCUGUUGCGAUGAAGCUUCCUUCUAUCUCAGAUGGAUGGUGGAGGCUCGUAUAGUGGGAUGGCGUUGCUGUCGUAGAGUUCUUUCUCAGUGGCGGUGUCUCCUAAAAUAUUUCGCAAGGAGAGAGAGGGGUUGAGCGGUUGCCGGCGAGGAAUUGACGUUGGUCUCUUUUGGAUUAGAGUUACGGUGAAAAUGGAUUAGGAUUUUAACUCUUUUUUUUUGUAUUAACUAUUAAUAUUAAUUAUAUUUCCAAAAUACCCUAUUUACCCUUAAUAACUUAUUAACCACUUACCUUCCUUUAACUAACUAAAUUCCUAUUGACCAAUAGGAGAGCUUUAAGCAUAUGCUUAAACUUAUAGGCUUAAGCACAGGCUCUGACCCGCGCUAUUUGUUUGAUACGACAUAAAAAAAAAUCUUACGGGUGUUAACGAAGUCUGAUGGAGACUGACAGCUGGUGACUAACAGUGAAAUGGUUUGUCAAGUCAGUGACUAAUAAGAAAAAAAAGUAAUUCGAAGAGUAAACGUAAAAAAAAAAAUAUGUAAUGUAAGGGACAAAACAUAUAAUUUAGCCUUUUGAUUUUCUCGUAAAAUUUGAAUUUUUUUUCUGCCAAUUCACUCCAUAUUGGAUGUCAAAAUGGGCUGAACUAAUUACCCCUAGCAAAACUACUUCUUCGCCGGCCCAUGAGAGCUGGUUCUGGCAUGGUGUUUGGGUUUCCAAGACCUGGCAUCUUUCAGCGGGAGGGCCCAAGGACCAUUGCAAACUAGGCCUUACACUUGAGCCCAUAUUUCGGAUGAAAGUGACUGAAUUACACCAUUAGUCACUCCGUUUAUAAAUAUUUUCUUUCAUGUAGCCCUUUCACCGUUUAUUAUAAGUCGUCCAUUUUUGUCAGUUUUCAUUAACAUCGUCAUUUUUCUAUGACAUGGAAGAUGAGUGUGCCGAGUAAGCUAACAAAUUGUUGAGCCACCUAAAUUAAACGUAAACUAAAACACACUGAAAUCCUAUAAAAAGCGAAACUCACU